UAGAAAUAACUAUAAAACAUUCAAGCAAUAUACGGAAAGUGUGCCAAUGCUCGUAUUUCUUGUGCUGAGUCUCAGUGUUCACGUUUCAGGGUUCGAGAAACCAAAAGAGAGCCGGAUGGCUCUAGGCUCCCACAAGCAUCGCUUCGAAGACUCCUGCGACAACGUCUGCACCGAUAUACCCAAGGAGGACCUGCAGCCAAUUUGCAUGAUGUUCAGCAGAUACAAGAAGGGAUACCAGUUCUUCGUCAACCAGUGCCACGCGAGGCGCGCUAUCUGUAAGGAGAACUUAGUCCUCCACAUAGUACACCCGAGCAGAUGUAUAAGGAACCGCCAGUUUUUCAUGCCAGUAAAUUAACUUUGCAUAAAUCCAUUUUGAGUAGAAUAUUACAACGGACAGAGGAAAUUAACUCUUUGAGGCAUGUAUAAUAAAACCUAGAACGCUGUGUCAAAUAUGUACUUUUAUGAGAAAUUUUAUUAGUUUCAUUUUAAAGGAGCAGGAGGAAAAUGAAGUAUAAUUAAGUUUGCGGAAUAAUGCAAUAAAUAUCUUAGGCUGGGUUGCACCAUCUUACUUUAACUUUGACAAACGUCAAAAAUCUGUCAAACUCCAUACAAAAACCACCGGUUAUCGUAAUAGUUACUGUUAAAGUUAGGUGGUGCAAUUCAGCCUUAUUCUUGAAU